GCCAUCAGGAGAUCACAAGAAGUCUGCGAGCAUGGAAGAGAAGGAUGUUGCAGUUUUCAGCAAUGAGAACAGAAGCAGUAAAGACAAGGAAUCUACUGACAGGAGGCCCAUCUCCAGUAGAGAGAAAGGCCGGGAUGAACUUAAAGCCAGCAGCAGAAGGGAAACCAUAAAGGCAGCCGAGGAGAAAAAGAAGAGGCAAGACGAUGAAAAACGCAAAAAGGAGGAUGAAAAACGAAAGAAAAAGGAAGAGGAGAAGUUAAAAGCAGAGGAAGAACAAAGGAAGAAAGAAGAGGAAGAAAAGAGGAAACUAGAGGAGGAAGAAAGGAAGAAACAGGAGGAGGAGGAAAAAAGGCAGAGAGAAGAAGCAGCAACCAGGCAGAGAGAGAUGGAAGAAGCGUAUCAGUUGCAUCAAGAGGCCUGGGAGCGUCAUCAAACAAGAUUAGAACUCCGUAGUAAGAAUCAGAUAGCGCAUGAGAACCGUCCAGAGGAGAGUUUCUUUACCAGGCUGGACUCAAGCCUAAAGAAAAAUACAGCAUUUGUCAAGAAGCUCAGAACUAUUACUGAGCAGCAAAGAGACUCCCUUUCCAGUGAUUUCAACAUGCUUAACUUGAGCAAGUACAUUGCGGAAGCUGUUGCGUCCAUUGUAGAAGCCAAACUGAAAUUAUCUGAUGUGAAUUGUGCUGUUCACCUUUGCUGCCUGUUUCACUUGCGUUAUGCUGACUUUUCACCAUUGCUUCUACAAGGCUGGAGAAAGCACUUUGAAGCCAGGAAGGAAGAAAAAACUCCAAACAUUAGCAAACUGAGGACUGACAUGCGCUUCAUUGCAGAACUGACGAUUUGUGGAAUCUUCACUGACAAAGAAGGCCUGUCACUCAUCUACGAGCAGCUGAAGAAUAUCAUUUGUGCUGAUCGUGAUACUCACACUCACGUCUCUGUGAUUAUCAGCUUUUGCCGGCAUUGUGGAGAUGAUGUGGCUGGUCUGGUCACCAGAAAGAUGAAGUUUGCCUCCGAGAAACACAACCUCAGCUUCCCUCCCAGUGAGAUCAUCAGUUCUGAAAAGCAGCAGCCCUUCAUGAAUCUGUUGAGGGAGUACUUUACCUCUCUGACCAAACAUCUUAAAAAAGAUCACCGUGAAUUACAGAAUCUGGAGAGGCAGAACAGGCGAAUUUUGCAUUCUAAAGGAGAACUGAGUGAAGAUCGGCACAAGCAGUAUGAAGAAUUUGCUACCUCCUACCAGAAGCUUUUGGCAAACACACAGAGCCUGGCUGAUUUGUUGGAUGAGAACAUGCCUGAACUUCCCCAGGAUAAAACUGCGCAGGAAGAACAUGGCACUGGCAUAGACAUUUUCACACCAGGGAAGCCCGGAGAAUAUGACCUUGAUGGAGGAAUCUGGGAAGAUGAAGAUGCACGCAACUUCUAUGAAAACCUAAUUGACCUGAAAGCAUUUGUACCUGCUAUAUUGUUCAAAGAUAACGAGAAGAACUCGCAGAACAAAGAUUCGAGCAAAGAAGAUUCAAAAGAUUCCAAAGAUGGCAGAGAGUCCAAGGAUGGGAAAGAUUCCAAAGAUUUGGUUGCAACAGAAGAAUUGGAACUGGAACUAGAGAAUCUGGACAUUAAUGAUGAAAUGUUAGACGAAGAAGGAACAGAAGAAACAGAAGACCUCAGUCAAAAACUCCUAGAGGAACACGAACAAGAUGAAGAAGAAGCCAGCACUGGUUCUCAUCUGAAACUGAUAGUGGAUGCUUUCCUGCAGCAGCUGCCUAACUGUGUCAACCGUGACCUGAUAGACAAGGCUGCAAUGGACUUCUGCAUGAACAUGAACACGAAAGCUAAUCGAAGGAAGUUAGUCCGAGCACUGUUCACUGUGCCCAGGCAGAGGUUGGACCUACUUCCAUUUUACGCCCGUCUGGUUGGCACUUUAUAUCCAUGUAUGACAGAUGUGGCAGAAGACCUUUGUGCCAUGUUAAAAGGAGACUUCAGAUUCCAUGUCAGGAAGAAGGAUCAGAUCAACAUUGAAACUAAAAACAAAACUGUACGUUUCAUAGGAGAAUUAACAAAGUUUAAAAUGUUCUUGAAGAGCGAUUCACUUCAUUGUCUAAAGAUGCUUUUGGCUGACUUUUCCCACCACCAUAUUGAAAUGGCCUGCACACUCCUAGAGACAACUGGUCGUUUUCUUUUCCGAUCACCUGAUUCCCAUUUGAGGACAAGUGUUCUUCUGGAGCAGAUGAUGCGCAAGAAACAAGCAAUGCAUUUAGAUGCUCGUUAUGUUACAAUGGUGGAAAAUGCAUACUAUUACUGUAAUCCACCACCUGUGGAGAAAACAGUGAGGAAGAAGCGCCCUCCCCUUCAAGAAUAUAUCCGCAAACUUCUCUACAAGGACUUGUCCAAGGUCACAACUGAAAAGGUGUUGAGACAGAUGCGGAAAUUGGCAUGGCAUGAUCCAGAGGUGAAGGAAUAUGUUAUUAACUGCAUGAUCAACAUCUGGAACGUCAAAUAUAACAGUAUUCACUGUGUCGCUAACCUAUUGGCGGGUUUAGUGCCAUACCAAGAAGAUGUGGGAAUACAUGUUGUGGAUGGAGUGCUGGAAGACAUCCGUCUGGGAAUGGAGGUCAAUCAACCCAAAUUCAACCAGAGGCGUAUUAGCAGUGUUAAGUUCCUUGGGGAAUUGUACAAUUACAGGAUGGUGGAGUCUGCAGUCAUCUUCCGAAUUUUGUAUUCCUUUAUUACAUUUGGUAUAAGUGCUGAUGGCAGUGCAACACCUCUGGAUCCACCAGAGCAUUUGUUCCGUAUUCGUCUGGUUUGCACUCUGCUAGACACUUGUGGACAAUACUUUGACAGAGGCUCCAGCAAACGGAAGUUGGACUGUUUUCUUGUAUAUUUUCAGCGUUACAUCUGGUGGAAGAAGAGUUUAGAUGUGUGGACGAAAGAUCACCCGUUCCCUAUUGAUGUUGACUACAUGAUUAGUGACAUACUUGAGCUGCUUCGACCAAAGAUGAAAUUCUGUGGCUCCCUUGAAGAGGCCAUAAAGCAAGUUCAGGAACUCGAGCGUGAGUUCUUGAUUAAACUAGGUAAGGAACGGUUCUACUUGUAUCAUUCUGAAGAAGAGUCCUGCCAGGACCCCACACCCCGCUCAGAAUAUCUCAAUUCCUAUGCUGCCACUGCCAGUGAUGCCUGCGUCUGA